UCGGGAAGGGAAGCUGGAGAAGAAGGCGGGGGAGGCACAAAGGGUGGAGGCCGUGCAGCAGCGCAGCCAGAGGGGCGGCUGAAGGUUGCAUCUGCUGGAAGAAGGCUUUUCGGCUGCCUGGUAACCGGCUGCCAGAACAGAGAGAGAGGGAGAGAGAGGGAGAGGAGCAUAGAGCAGGGCAGCAGCUCUUGACGUCAGGACCAAGGGAGAGGAUCGUGCCAGCAACCCCAGCCCGCCCCAAAGCCAGACCAGCCUACUGAGGGAGAGGAGCCCGACAAGAGGGGCAGGCGGAACUGAGUGGGGGGCGCGAGAGCCCUUGGCUAGGGCGCAGCAUGCCCCCUGCUCCAGAGCCAUGGAGAUCGCCCUGGUGCCCCUGGAGAACGGAGGUGCCAUGACCAUCAGAGGAGAAGGUGAGGCAAGAGCAGGCUGUGGUCAGACCACCGGAGGAGAGCUUCAGUAUCCUCCGACGGCUGGGCUUAGCGAUGGGCACAAAGAGCAGGCUCCAAGGGGGCGCAGCACUCAGAGGGGCACGGACCCAGGAGGGAGACCUUUGCCUCCGCUGCCUCAGGAACUGCCUCAGCCUACACGGCCCACUCCAGAGGAUGAGGAGGGAGAAGGCGACCCCAGCUUGGGCAUGGUGGAGGACCAGGUACCAGUACUGGGAGCGGGGGCCCUUCACCACCAGCGAGUUCUCAUAAACAUCUCUGGGCUGCGCUUCGAGACGCAGCUGGGCACCUUGGCACAGUUCCCCAAUACCCUCCUGGGGGACCCAGCCAAGCGUCUGCGCUACUUUGACCCUCUGAGAAAUGAGUACUUCUUCGACCGCAAUCGGCCCAGCUUCGAUGGCAUCCUCUACUACUACCAGUCUGGAGGUCGCCUGCGGAGGCCAGUCAAUGUCUCCCUGGACGUGUUCGCAGAUGAGAUCCGCUUUUACCAGCUGGGGGACGAGGCCAUGGAGCGCUUCCGGGAGGACGAGGGCUUCAUUAAGGAAGAGGAGAAACCCCUGCCCCGUAACGAGUUCCAACGUCAGGUGUGGCUUAUCUUUGAAUACCCAGAAAGCUCUGGGUCUGCACGGGCUAUUGCCAUCGUCUCCGUCUUAGUCAUUCUCAUUUCUAUCAUCACCUUCUGCUUGGAGACCCUGCCUGAGUUCAGGGAUGAACGUGAGCUUCUUCGACAUCCCCCGGUGCCUCACCAGCCUUCUGCCCCCGCCUCAGGGACCAAUGGCAGUGGGGCCAUGGCACCUCCCUCUGGUCCGACAGUGGCCCCACUCCUGCCUAGGACAUUGGCAGACCCUUUCUUCAUUGUAGAGACCACGUGUGUCAUCUGGUUCACUUUUGAGCUGCUUGUGCGCUUCUUUGCCUGUCCCAGCAAGGCAGAGUUCUCCAGGAACAUCAUGAACAUCAUUGAUAUUGUGGCCAUCUUCCCCUACUUCAUCACCCUGGGCACGGAACUGGCAGAACAACAGCCAGGGGGUGGAGGAGGGGGUGGCCAGAAUGGGCAGCAGGCCAUGUCCCUGGCCAUCCUCAGGGUGAUCCGCCUGGUCCGGGUGUUCCGCAUCUUCAAGCUCUCCCGACACUCCAAGGGGCUGCAGAUCCUGGGGAAGACCUUGCAGGCCUCCAUGAGGGAGCUGGGGCUGCUCAUCUUCUUCCUUUUCCUUGGAGUCAUCCUCUUUUCCAGUGCCGUCUACUUUGCAGAAGCAGACAACCAGGGGUCCCACUUCUCCAGCAUCCCUGAUGCCUUCUGGUGGGCAGUAGUCACUAUGACCACCGUGGGCUAUGGGGACAUGAGGCCCAUCACCGUGGGUGGUAAGAUUGUGGGCUCUCUGUGUGCCAUUGCUGGGGUCCUCACUAUUGCCCUGCCUGUGCCCGUCAUUGUCUCCAACUUUAACUACUUCUAUCAUCGGGAGACAGACCAUGAAGAGCAGGCAGCCCUGAAGGAAGAGCAAGGCAACCAGAGACGGGGGUCUGGACUAGACUCUGGAGGCCAAAGGAAGGCUAGCUGGAGCAAGGCUUCCCUCUGCAAGGCUGGGGGGUCCCUGGAGAAUUCCGACAGUAACCGGAGGGGCAGCUGCCCCCUGGAGAAGUGUAAUCUCAAGGCCAAGAGCAAUGUUGACUUGCGGAGAUCUCUGUAUGCCCUCUGUCUGGACAGCAGCCGGGAAACAGACUUGUAAAGGGAGGCAGCAGAGUGGGGAACAGGGGUGGCCUCUGAAGCUGGGGAUUUACUUUAUACCACAGAGUAUUCCAAGUCCACCUUGUUACUGAAGCCUGUUUUUCUCUUCCUCCUACCCUCUAACUCCCUAUUUUCCCUCUUUUUUCCAUGACACCAAGGGUCGCCUAUUUUUAAAAAAUACCACAUUCCAUGACGCAGGAGCUGUUGAAAUGGUGAGCGCUGUGAGAUGGAUGUAUUUUAGCCAGUUUCCUAUACCCAGCAGAGGGAUAACCCAAACAAAAAUGACUUUAAAUAGCUCAGAUCCCAAGAGAUUUUGUAGCUCUCCCCAUCCAUGUGUUCCAAAUUUGUUUUACAUAUUAUUAUAUUUGUGUAUAGGAGACAAUAUUAUUUUUAUGGCUGGUGAGUGAAUUUUUGUACUGUAGUUCAGAUGGAGAAUAUUUGCAUUUAUUCUCAAGAUAUAUGUUGAAUUUAUGGAAAAGAGUUUUGUGAUGUUUUCCUGGGAUACUUGGAGCCAGAGAUCCUGGCAUGGCUGUUUCUUCAAGUCUCUCUUUUCUGGGAUGUGAUAUGGGUGCUUUGUAUCUAGGGUAAGGAAUGUUCUGGAAAAAAAAAAACAAAAAACAAAUCUGACUUUUUCUGUGAGCCUUAAGUGAUUCUUAUAACUUUCUUUGAAAAGCAUUUUAAUGGUGUUAGAGGAAGACUUCUGAUAAUCCAUUUUCCUUAUUUUUAUCCCAGGAAAUAAAUUGUGACUUACUUGGGGCAA